AUGAAUUGCUUUUCAUUCUUAGUAUCAACUUGUCAAUUGAUGUUUAAUGAACCAACUUCGCUAAGCAUAACAAAUUCUUCUGAUUCCGAUUUCAGCGCUGCCAUUGUCAAUGAUUUUAAUGGCGAUGGUUUAUUAGAUCUUGUGACCACAUAUACUGACUUUUACACGGUUGAUACAAAUUUGUACGUAUUUCUGGGAAAUGGAGACGGAAAUUUUAGAGAAAAAAUAACGUGUCCAACGGGCGUGAAUAAUUAUGAUGUUCCAGGAUUUCUUGCUACUGCUGAUUUUAAUAAUGACGGUCAUCAGGAUCUCGCUAGUAUGAAUUAUUUGAGCGGCAGCGUAGGUAUCCUAGUUGGAGAGGGCAAUGGGACUUUUGAAACAAUGCAAUUAUUGACAAGUAAUACUUGGUAUUUGUUUGUAUUCUUUUUUGAGCAUCCUUGGUUAACUACAAGCGAUUUGAACGGGGACAGUUAUAUAGAUAUCGUCUUUAUCGACGUUACAAGUUGUAGUAUAGGUUUAUUUUUUGGAUAUGGAAAUGGAACUUUUACAACUCAAAUAACAUUGCCUGUAAUAGAUGAUUUUUGUUUUUCAUCGGGUAUUAUCGCUGAUUUCAAUGGUGACGGUAAACAGGACAUCGCUGUCACUCUAGGUCAGAAGAAUUACAUGUCUGUGAUGUUUGGAUAUAAAAAUGGAAGUUUCGAAGAGCCAAUGAUCUUAUCAACAGGAGAUUACAGUAGUCCAACUUCAAUCAUCGCAAAUGACUUCAAUGGUGACAAAUAUUUAGACAUUGUCGUUGCGAACACAGGCAAUUAUAAUAUUGGUGUGUUUCUUGGAAACGCUGAUCGAAGUUUUCGAGCACAAAUGAUAUUUCCAAUAAAAACUCUUUAUCCACCAUACUCAAUGACUGCCGCUGAUUUCAAUGGCGAUGGCCAACUGGAUAUUACUUUCACUAUUUUUCCAGAUGCUGUUGUAAAUCAUAAUUUAUAUUCUUCAGUAAAUUUUGUAUAUGUGAUGACUGGAUAUGGCAACGGAAGUUUUGGAGAAUCAAUUCAAGUUUCAACCUGGACUUCGAAUCCAGCUUAUAUUGGUAUCGGUGAUUUUGAUGGUGAUGGUGGAUUUGAUUUGAUCCUUCUUGGAUACGUCCCAGGCAACGACACUAUAUUAUUAAACACAAGUCCUUGUUCUAUACAUAACUCUUCAAGUCAAUUAUAUUCAUCUACUACUAAAUUUCCGUAA